UUCGUCACUGCCUGACGCCAAGGGUUGGGGUGUGCAGGGGCAGAAGUAAAACUUGCUUUAAACUCACAUACUGAGAACAUUCUUUUUUCCCCCACUUUUAAUAUCAUUUUCUUUAGUAAUUUUCUUUAGUUUAAUAAACUAUAAUAUAUUUGAUUUUAAACAAGUCACAAUUACCAAAAGAUGAUUGACCAGGUCACCGGAAUGGGGGUUUUGCCCUUUGCAGUCCAGCUCAAAUCUCUUCUAGACCAAGAGUCCAGAUAUCAGCCCAAACUCUGUGGACUCCGCGUCAUUGAGUCCGCUCAGGAUAAUGGUCUGCGAAUGACCGUCAAGCUGAGAGACUAUCAAGUGAGAGAGCUUCUCUCCUUGACUCGAUUCUUUGGCUUCUGUGCGGAGACAUUUUCCUUUGCUGUGAAUCUCCUAGAUCGAUUCCUGGCUGUGAUGAAGAUUCAGCCCAAGCAUCUGUCCUGUGUGGGUCUGUGCUGCUUCUACAUCGCUGUGAAGACUUCAGAAGAGGAGAAGAACGUUCCUCUGGCCAGUGACCUCAUCAGGAUCAGCCAGAAUCGUUUCACUGUUCAUGACAUGAUGAGGAUGGAGAAGAUCAUUCUGGAAAAGCUCAACUGGAAGGUUAAGGCUCCGACUGCUCUUCACUUCCUCAGAUUCUUUCACUCUCAUAUUCAAGAGAAGGUGGACACUGAAAGUAAGAGGAUUCUGAACAUCGAGAGGCUUGAGGCUCAGUUAAAGGCAUGCCAUUGCUCCUUUACUUUCACUAAACUAAAGCCUUCCCUGCUUGCUUUGUCUCUUCUGGCCCUGGAGAUUGAGGACCAGCACGAGUAUGAGCCAGUUCCAGCUCUGAAAGAGGCUCUAGAUGGUCUACAGCAGAGUUUGAAUGUUAAAGCUGGAGACCUGGUUUGUGUGAGGGAGCUUGUUGCCAAGUGCCUGGUUGAAUAUUCCAGCACCAAGUGCCAGAAGCCAAAUGGCCAGAGACUGCGGUGGAUGAUUUCUGGUAGAACUGCCAGACAACUCAAGCACAGUUACUAUAAGAUUGCCCAUCUACCCACAAUUCCUGAAUAUGCUUGUUAAGACUUAGUGUUGAGUGCCCAUAACUGAACAACAUUGUCCUUUGGAUGAAUGGCUUAACGGUCACCACAUUUUCUGUCUUCAGACUAUGGUUUUAUAUAGUUUGUGAAGAUGUUAUGGGUAUCUAACUCUAAUUUCUUGACCAUUUCUAUAACACUGUUACUCCCCCCCCCCCCCCCCCCCCACCCCCCCAUGAUUAUAUUCAUUUACAUCCACACUAAUUCCAUCUUGAUUUACUAGUCAAAAGUGGUUUUCAGCAAGUUACUCAGAUGGCUUUCACUGGUAAGGCUUGCACAUGUACAGUAUGUUCAUUUGAAUCGGUGCAGAAAGCGCUGGUUGUUUGAAGCAAUGAAGUAUAGAACCGCCUAGGUCCUCAGUCCACUGUGUGGAAGAGGAGGGAGAAGGGUUUUGAGAUUCAAACUACAACAAUGGAACCAAGAGAUCAGGCCCGAAACCCUUAACUCCCACCCUAGGUUGUCGGCUGUCAAAAUGCACACUCCUACCCAAGGUGAUGAAACGAGAUGUUUUCUUUUCUUCUGCUUUCUAAUGUGGAAUGGCUUUGGAAAUGCAGGUUUUAACUUGAUUUAAAAUGCCUUUAAGAUGAAGGAUUAGUUAGUACUUAUUGACCGGUGUUUUUUGAUUUGUUCUUGGACAUUUGGUUAUUACUACAGUAUUUGUGACCAUUUGUUUUACGCCUGGUUUAAAUAAAACUAAUACAAAAAGAGUGAUACAAAUAAAACUGUUAAAAUGGAUUGUGUUAUUUGAAAUUGCUCCCUUUUGUUUUGGCUCUAAUCUGGAGUUUGAAAGAAAUUUUUUGCAAAAUGAACCUUUCAAUAAAACCUUAUUGAAAUGUAAAA